AUGUCUGGAGAGAACGAGAACGGCAGCCCCGCCGCUGACCAGCCGCCCACGGCCCCCGCCGCCUCGGAGCACCUGAACAUCAAGGUUACAGAUAACAACAACGAGAUCUUUUUCAAGAUCAAGAGGAGCACCAAGCUGGAGAAGCUGAUGGGCGCGUUCUGCGAGCGGCAGGGCAAGUCGAUGCAGUCGGUCCGCUUCCUCUUCGACGGCCAGCGCGUUCAGCCAACCGACACACCUGACACCCUCGAGAUGCAGGAUGGCGACACCCUAGAGGUCCAUCAGGAACAGGUCGGAGGCUUCGCCAGCCUUUAG